AUGUCUAUUCCUAGACGCAUUGGAGAGAUCAGCCUCCAAUUGGAGAGAUCAGCCUCCAAUUGGAGAGAUCAGCCUCCAAUUGGAGAAGUACAGUUCGCACGGUACUUUUGCAAGUUCCCUCAUAUUGACCCUAAGAUACAGUUCGCACGGUACUUUUGCAAGUUCCCUCAUAUUGACCCUAAGGUACAGUUCGCACGGUACUUUUACAAGUUCCCUCAUAUUGACCCUAAGGUACAGAUCGCACGGUACUUUUGCAAGUUCCCUCAUAUUGACCCUAAGGUACAGUUCGCACGGUCCUUUUGCAGGUUCCCUCAUAUUGACCAUAAGGUACAGUUCGCACGGUACUUUUGCAAGUUCUCUCAUAUUGACCCUAAGGUACAGUUCGCACGGUACUUUUGCAGGUUCCCUCAUAUUGACCCUAAGGUACAGUUCGCACGGUCCUUUUGCAGGUUCCCUCAUAUUGACCCUAAGGUACAGUUCGCACGGUACUUUUACAAGUUCCCUCAUAUUGACCCUAAGGUACAGAUCGCACGGUACUUUUGCAAGUUCCCUCAUAUUGACCCUAAGGUACAGUUCGCACGGUCCUUUUGCAGGUUCCCUCAUAUUGACCAUAAGGUACAGUUCGCACGGUACUUUUGCAAGUUCUCUCAUAUUGACCCUAAGGUACAGUUCGCACGGUACUUUUGCAGGUUCCCUCAUAUUGACCCUAAGGUACAGUUCGCACGGUCCUUUUGCAGGUUCCCUCAUAUUGACCAUAAGGUACAGUUCGCACGGUACUUUUGCAAGUUCUCUCAUAUUGACCCUAAGGUACAGUUCGCACGGUACUUUUGCAAGUUCCCUCAUAUUGACCCUAAGGUACAGUUCGCGCGGUACUUUUGCAAGUUCUCUCAUAUUGACCCUAAGGUACAGUUCGCACGGUACUUUUGCAAGUUCCCUCAUAUUGACCCUAAGGCAACACCUUUUAAAGCUCCCUUCGUGUAUCAAUUUUACUGGUACGUUGUAGCUUUCCCGUUUAUACUAUUGUUAAUUUCGUAGGAUUGAGCACAUUUUCUUAGGAUUGAGCACACUUUCUAUUUUAUUAGAAGUGAAAUAAUAUCGUUAUGUUUAUUGUUUAGGAAAUCAAACUCAGACUGAUCGACUGUUUUGGAAAAUUACUUCUCGCCUACUUUUAAACUUCGUCUUUUGUUUGAUUAUGCAGAUAUCAACGUUAAUCCAGGCUCUUUAUUCAAUAAGUAGGACAUGUACACUAUCAUAACUAAAAUACACUCAAUUAUUAAAGACUAUGAAGCUAUAUGAGGCUGAUGUAGUUACUUUUUGUUUAAACUUGAUUUGUUUUGUGAAGGAGUGGAUCUACUCCGACUCCAGAA